GACAUGAAUGUUGUUUUUCUUUGCUCCCAGCGAGAUGCUGGCAUGGGCCAGUGCCCAGAUCCACUGCCAGUUCCACGCGAGCGAGAGCCGCGUAGCGCUUCCCCCCUCGGACGGCAGCAAGCCCGACGUGCAGGCCGAGAACGAGACCGUCUUCGUCCCCAACAGAGGAGAGCGGGGUCAGUGUAUCCUGUCCACUCCACCAAAGAUUCUCUUCUGUGACUUGCGACUGGAUCCUGGCGAGUCAAAGUCCUAUUCCUACUGUGAGACGCUGCCCGUGGAUGGCCCCCCUUCCUUCCGGGGACAGUCGGUGAAGUACGUGUACAAGCUGACCAUCGGCUGCCAGCGCGUGAACUCCCCCAUCAAGCUCCUGCGCGUGCCCUUCCGUGUCCUUGUCCUGCACGGGCUCAAGAAUUACCAGUUCCCGCAGGAUGAGGCUGUUGCUCCCUCAAACCCCUUUCUGGAGGAGGAGGAGGGCCUGAAGAAAGACUCUCGCCUCAUGGACCUGGCGACGGAACUGCUCAUGGUGGCCACCUCCCGGCACAGCUUGCACCUGUAUAACAUCAGCAACACCCGCGGGAAGGUGGGGACCUUCUGCAUCUUUAAGACAGUGUACAAGAUCGGGGAGGACGUCAUCGGGACAUUUAACUUCUCGGAAGGCGACAUCCCCUGUCUGCAGCGGCACUUUGAGUUUGUGACCCCUGGGGAAUCGGUGGGGACUUGCAUGGUGCGUGGGAGCCAGUCGGAGGCCGUUACCUGGACAGGCGUGGAGCAGAUCCAAGUGGACACUUUCAGCUGGGACUUGCCCAUCAAAGUCCUUCCCACCAACCCCAUCCUGGCCUCCUACGUGUCUCAGUUCUCCAGCACCAACUCCAUCAGCAUCUAAGAGUGGGCAGAGCCGGUAGGAGCCUGCAGUGCUACAGGCAAGUGCGGAUGGUGGC